AUUGGAAGAAUUGUGCAUGUUAGUGUUGAUUUGGCCUUAGUGUCUGCUUUUUUGGCAGGUGUCAAGAGAAACACCGGGUUGACUCCAAAUUUGGAAUCAUUCGAUAACGAGAACAUUAGAUACUACUCGUCCAAGUACUUGGAUGUUGGCGAGAAGAUAUUUGACUACAGUGCUGCUUAUUUUGGCUCGUCGGACUACUUCAAGAGAAGAUGA